AUGUCCGACAUUCAGAACCGACCCUCUGCUCGAGGCAGAGUAUCCGCUCGCGGUGGCCGUGGUGGCUACAGCAACAGAGGUGGCCGUGGUGGAAACAGCAGAUCCAAUGCCGAUAGCUCAGACCUCGCAUCCUUUGAUGAAGGUGAAAUCGGCCAGAUGAAGAAGAAGUAUUCCGAUACCCUGCCCACUCUUCGAGAGUUGUUCCCCGACUGGAAGGACGAAGAUCUGGUGUUCGCUCUGGAGGACUCAAAUGGUGAACUCGAGGAGGCAAUUGAGCGCAUUACUGAAGGUAAUGUGUCGCAGUGGGGAGAGGUCAAGAAGAAGACCGUCGACCGGACUCGCCCUAAGACCAAGGAGGUUCAGAGCGCCCCGACCGAGGUGACUUCAGCUCCUCUUCGUGCAGCUCGUGGUCGCGGCGGGCUGGAAAGCCGUGGUCGUGCUCGCGGAGACCGGGGUCGUGGUGGUCGUGGUGGCCGGGCUGGUGCUCAAACAAAUGGAACUCGCGUUGUCAGCACGGCUGAGCCUGUGCCCGCGGCGGCAACUGAGCCCGUUGCAUCGAACGUGACAGACGAAUUGGAUAAAUGGGACAACGAGCCUGCAGCCACAGCCACAGCCACAGAGUCGGAGCCUCAGACCAGUGUGAUUCCCGAAGGCUCAAAGAAGGGUUGGGCUAGUUUGUUCGCCAAGCCGCCUCCUCCUCCCCCGCAGAAGAAGGCUCCGCAGCCCGCUCCUGUGCCUGAAGCUGAGAAGGCUCCCGAACCUGUGCCAGAGCAGACUGCUCCCGAACCCGCUCCGGUGCCCGCUCCCUCCCAGAAGACUCCUGUCGCCAAGCCGAUUCAACCUGUUGUCCCUGCCAUCCCCGCCGCGAUUGCCAAGCCUCCUCAGGUUGACUUGACCGAGACCAACCUCGAACAAAUCCCCGAUGUGUCCGCCCCGGCUCCAACUGCCACUGCUGCCAGCACUGUCGGUAGCUCUCUGGACCCUGUGGCUGUUGCUCAGGCUACUCCUUCCCGCGCUCCUCCCGCUAGCCUUCCCGGUAGCGCAUACAAGCAGGGUGUUCGUGCUCCCGGCUUCCAGCGCCGUGUGAUGGAGCAGCAGCAGGCUGUGGUGAUGCCCGGCAACCACGCGGUUGAUCGUGCUGCUGUGCAAUUUGGAAGUAUGGGACUGAACGGCGACGCCGUGGAUAUUGAUGAGAACCGUGAGGAGGCAGAGACCCGCGCCCAGCCUCCUCAGCACUCCCCUGUCGCUCCUCGUGCUUCCCUCCCUCCUUCGACUCAGGGUGUUGCUGAGACCCCUGCCGCCCGACCUGCCCCUGGUCUGCCGCCGGUUCCCCAGGGCUCUGUUGGUGAAUCUUUUGACUUUGCCCGCUACUCCGAGACCCAGAAAGCCUACGACCCCUUCGCCAUUCCCGCCAGCCAGCCCCAGCAGCAGAUCCCAGAGCCCUUCGCCAACCAGGCUCCCACUCAGCCCGCUGCUACCACCGGCAGCGAGUACUCUCCCUUCUACGCCGCCGACCAGCAGCGUUUCCCCUACAACUACUACGAUAGCUACGGCCAGACUCAGAAUGCCACUGCUGCCCCUCGUGCCGCUCCUGGAUUCGGUGUCUCGGGUGCUGAGGCUGCGCCUCAGAUUCCCACCACCCAGGCCCCCAGUCGUUACGGCCCCGUCGAUGCCACCAACAGUGGUCACAACACUCCUAACCCGACCAUGCCCGCUGCUAACCAGACCCCCGCUGGUCAGCACAUGCCAGGCCAGCAGAGCGCCUAUGCCUACGGCUACAACCCUUAUUAUACCAACCCUCACUAUGCUCAGUACAUGAACCAAAUGAACCAGCAGCCCCAGUACAACCGGAACCGCCCCAUGUAUGAUGAUGCUCGUCGCUAUGAUGACCCACAACAGCAGCAGCAACAGCAGCAGCAGCAGCAGCACUACGGUAUGCCGCACAACAACCAGUACGGCUACGGUAACCAGUACGGCCCCUACGCUGGUAAGGGUGGCAUGUACGGCCAGCAGCCCCAUGGCUUCUCCUACGACCACACCUCUUCCCCCGCGAAUGCUGCCGCCACCUUCAACCAGGGAACCCCCGGACGUGACUCAGUCUACGGUGGUCGCACUGGUGCAGCCCAGCCUGCCGAUAGCCAACAGACCACUGCGGGCGCCAACGCCUUCGGUACUGGUAUGUCGGACGUUUUCAGUCGCCCCCAGGCCAGUGGAUUUGGUCAGAACCCCUCUGUCGCCCAGCAAGCUCCUGUGAGUGCUGAGGAGACCAAGGGCUUCGAGGCCCCCAAGGCUGGUGGCCCCAGCCCGUCUCUGGCCCAGGCCAACCGCCCCGGUUCCGCCACCAACAAUGUCCCUGGUCAGCCCCAGGGCCAAACCGGCCUUCCCCCGCUGCAGGGUCAGCAGGGUCAGCAAGCCUUUGGUGGUUAUGGCCACUUGAACCCCCAGUAUGGUGGUCUCGGUGGUCUUAGCGGACACCAGGGCGCUGCUUCGCAGAGCGGUGGUGGCUACAACAACUACGGUGCCGGGUUCAGCAACUACUACGGAAACAACCGUGGUGCCGGUGGCUGGGGUAACAACUACGGUCACUAA